CCUCUGAGGCAAAUUUGUAAUUUGCGAUUUUGGGCUCUACAAAAUGAAAUGAAUUAAAUUGAAUUGAGCCGCCCUCGCCCUGUGCGCCUCGGUGCUGUCCGGGUACAUGGCCGCCCACUUCCUGAUGCUGUGGUCGGCGUUCGCGCUGUGGGCCUGGCAGGUCCUCAGUGUGCACAAACCCUGCUACACAUCCUGAGCAGUUUGUCCUCUUCCACUUCAUUCUUUGUUUCUCUUUCAGGGUUCAAAGUGUCAAAAGGUCUACUGGUUGUUAAUAAUUUACCUCAUUUGUUGUCGUUGUUGAAGUGGCGCAUGUUGCGCAUGUUGUGAUUUUUUGUCUAUUCUCACAGUACGACUUCAAGCUGUAGCCCUAAGGGAGUGGUUACCGAGCGUGUAAGAAUGUGACCGUUGGCCAAUUUCGGUUGUCUUCUUGGACUUCAGCUUGACAGGACGCCAUGCGUUUGUUCAAGUACUCUCGCAGGGACUUCCUCCUCAUUUGUCUGGGUCUGUUUUCCCUGCUGCUCGACAUAGGGCUGGACAUAUACGCCGUCGUGUCUUUCUACCAGGAACGGGACUACGCCAGUCUGGGCAUCCUGCUGCUGCUCCUGCUGGGCUCGUCCAUGCUCGGCCAGGCCUUCAGCUGGCUGUGGUACAGCUACGACGAGUCCGUGAGGAAAACCGAGGUGGAGAAGUGCGUGACGGAGAGGCAGCUCAAGCUGCUUCACGUGCUGCAGCUGGGAACCUACUUCAGGCACGCGGAUUUGGUGAAGGUGUAUCUGUUCUCCUCAAAGGUCACAGACCGAGUUGGCAUCGCCGUGUACAUGAGCUACGACCUGAGCAUGCUGCGGCUCAUUGAGACGUUUUCGGAGAGCGCCCCUCAAGUCGUCCUCAUGCUCGCCAUCAUCCUGCAGCGCGGCGAACUCGGCGCCGUCACAGUGCUGAAGGCCCUCGGGUCGGCCUCCACCAUGGCCUUCGGCGUGACCAUGUACCACCGCUCGCUGCGCUCCUUCCUGCCCGAAAAGAAGCAGCAGCAGAUGUCGUCGUCGGUGGUCUACUUCCUCUGGAACCUGCUCCUCAUCUCGUCACGCCUCACCGCCCUCGCCCUCUUCGCCUCCGCGCUGCCCUGCUUCAUCUUCGCCCACUUCUUGUCCUCCUGGGUGGUUCUGUGCUUCUUCGCGUGGCGAUCUAAGACAGACCUCAUGGACAGUCCUGGGGGGGAGCGGCUUUACCGAGCCACCGUGGGGCUCAUUUGGUACUUCAACUGGUUCAACGUGGCGGAAGGGAGGACGAAGUACAGGACCCUGCUGUAUCACGGCUACAUGCUGGUCGACAUCUCCCUCCUCUGCGGCCUGUGGGGCUGGCAGAUGAUCACAGAGCCUUAUUCUGAAGUCGUCGGCAUCGUCUGCGUUGUCGCCGUUGUCGUCGCUUACAUCCUCGGCCUGUUUUUUAAAAUGCUUUAUUACAAGUGCUACCAUCCUAACGUGGCCAAGGGGGAGCUGAUAGGGGACUCCAUUGAGACCACGCUGUCCGCUGACGAGACCGAUUCCCCUGUGCACCAAAGCCACCUUAUGGACCGCAGCGGGCCGAGUGAACCGGCAUCCGUCACCAAAGGCUGCAAUAAGAGAAUGAGGAAGUUGGCUGGAAAUUUCUACUCCUGACCUGCAUCACAUGACGUCCAGCGGACACGGAGGUCAGGCGGCUGGACAGAAACACUGCAAAUCUUUUUACUUGUCUAACUGUUCCUCCUGUUCAUGUCGGUGAUACUAUUCUUCUUUUUGUACUGUUGUAAUGUAAGAAAUUGAAUGUUAAGUAAUUUGCUGUACGGUAAACAGGAAAUGGCCCCGACCGUUUUUAGGCUUGUUUUUAUUUGUUUGUGGCUUUUUGCUUCAUGUUUAUUUAUAAUAUUUGAACAUUUCACGCUUUAGAUUCCUAUUACGACAAAAAUAGUAAAGCUCAUUUAUAAAUGGUAAACUAUUUCAAGUCUUCAAGAUUUUAAUGAGAUCAAACCUCACUUCUGAGUUCACUUAUCGCCGUUUGUCAUUUGCAUUCUGCAUUUAAGCCUAAUAUAAACACUAGGUUUAUAUUGCCUCCACAAUUAAAGCUUUUAGUUAAAUUAUUUUUGUUAGUGCCUCUGUAGCUCAGCAAACACACAUUGGGGAGAGAAAUAGUGCAAGCUGUGCACAAAAAAACUCUUCUUUAAAUAAAAGCUUACAAUUAGGUUUUGCAUCACUUCAUUAGAAAAUCAUGUUUUGCCAACAUGUUAAUAACGUAUGUAAUUGUAUAUGCAGUAAUAGACAAGUACUUGAGUCUAAAACAUUUUAAAAGGUUUAUUUACAUUGUAUCGAAGGUCUAAAAGGGUACACAGGACAAACGUCCAGGACUGUCCAGGUCCUGAAGCCUACUGAAUGGGAAAUAGUGAUUAUUGUCAUUAAAUAGCAUUGAUUAUUAUGAUAAGUGUUCAAGCAAGAGGAUCCAUUCAGGCUCUCUGCAUGACCGAAAGCGCGCUCACAGGUCCUUGAAGGAGAUGAAAUGAACAAACACACAUUAAAAAACAACAGUAUUUGGAAAGAAAAAGAGGAUGCAUAAAAGAAUAUAUAUAUAUUCCCUUAAACGUAUUUAACAGACAUAGUAUACUUCAAAACCGACAUGACAUGCAGACGCAGUAAAGAAAUACACAGAAAACACAUUCAAUAAGCAGGAAGAGGAAAAUGCAAAGAUUGCAUACAGCCUUUGUGUCGGGACUGAAAGAUGAGCCUGUUUACCUUUUACUCACUUUACUCAGUAAGAAAGAACUAACGUGUUCACGUCGGUAACCUGAUCUGCUUUAAAAAAGACCACGUUCAUUAGAUGGUGAUUGUCUCUAAGCGAUGUCUCCGGGUGCUUCACAGCAGCAAAUAAAUCUCCUUUUCAAAAGGAAGCAGAAGUCUAAAACAAAGCAGACAUAUAGUACAUUUAUGGGGGGGGAACCCCAAAGUGUUGUCACUGCACAUCCAGAAAUCUAUUCUUGAACAAAACAAAACUAUUUGAGACGCCAUCUGGCGGCAAAGUGAGGGAGAGCCGUGUUUUCCACUGUCCUCAUGGAACACGGAGCCUCCAACACGGACCUGCUCGCCCCACAACGGCCUCGUCGCUGUCUAGAUGGAGGCCUUUCAAAAAAAAAAAAAAAAAAA